AUCGACGGCCGUAGUAGUACUAGGAAAUCCCACUUUAUUCGACUACUAUCUUAUAAGCUUAUUGAAAUAGCUUCUAUAUAUAACCUUUUAACCCCUAUUAUUCGUACUACUCCUACCAGCGUUGUAGCUAAUAAUAUUAAUAGUUAUACUAUUUAUUCCCUUGUAUAA